AUGUCUGGGGGGAUCUCUGGGGGGGAGGCAGGCAGCCGCCAGACCGGGGUUGAGGGGCGUGCCAAGCGCCUCAAGAAGCUCAACCGGAUGUUCACCAGCUCCACCGCGCAGAGCGCCACCGUGGCGUUCAGGCAGCGCACCUGGCUCAUCACCAACGCGCACGGCACUGCGACGAUGGCGCGCGCGACAGACCGCUUCCAGCUGAGCGCGAUGCGCUGCAACAUCCUCCAGAAGUGCGGCCUGUCAGAGUUUGGGACGUUUGACAUCUGCUCCCCCGCCUCUGUGGAGUUCAACAAGGGCCGCCUGCUGACAAACACCAUGAACCUCCGGCUGUGGCACCAGGAGCUGUACCUCGGAGCCACAGGCACCCUGGCGCACUUCAGGGACCCGCGCCUCUACGAGUACUGGACGAAGAAGCCGCUGCCAGAGAUCGCCUUUGUGGACCUGGGGAGCGGCACCUACGUGCGGCAGCCCCGCAACGAGACGCUCUGGACGAUGGGCAACAAGUACAUCUCAGCUUCGUGGGACAUCUACUACUUGGCGCCGACCCUGAAGUCCGCCCUCAACCUCACGACCCUGUGGAACUACGUUGAGGACAAUGGCCCUGCCAGCAUCUUCCAGGGCUACACCUGGUCACUGGACACAUUCGUCGACUAUGCCUGGGACAGCCUGGGGAAGCUUAAGGUGGUGCUGGUGGUCCUGCUGGUCGUGGAGACGCUCUGCGUGCAGAUGACCUGCAUGGGUCUGCUGACUCUUCUCAUAAGGGCCGCAAAUGCGCAGCACAUGCACCGCUUCAGCGUGUUCCUGGCGCUGCCCUCGGCCACCCUGCGCAUCAUGGCCAGCCGCCAGCUUAUGGUUGACGACGACUGUGGGGCUGCAGAAGAUGACGAAGAGCUGGAGGGCCUUGACCUGGGGGCCGGCGGCGACGCGGGCGGCGCCACCACCACCAACGGCGGCGUCGGCGAGAAGACGGACGCUGAGAAGAAGAACGUGCGCAUGGCCGCCGACGUCGACGCGGGGGACGACGAAGAGGAGGGUGCCGUGCGCACCACCAAGAGCGGCAAGAAGGGCAGCCUCAACGCGCGGUCGGCUGCGGCCGCGGCGGCCGCCAAGAAGAACAAGCCCACCACCUUUGGCGGCAGGGUGUACCGCGCGCUGUUUGGCUGGCUGGAGACCAAGGUCAAGGUCAACGGCAAGAAGCUUCUGCCCAACAGCACCGCCGUGCUGCGCUUCAUGGCCCCCCUGGUGCUCUGGGCGGCCGCCGUCGUGGUCGUCUUCGGCGUAUCCUUUGUCGAGCUGGCCAACCUGCAGGGCCCCCUGAGCUCCCUCAACGCGGCGGCCCACGUCACCUACCGCGUCUCGCGCGUUCGCCUCGCGGGCAACAAGCUGGCGCUGUCUGAGUCGGUAGCGGACAACGCGGAUUACCGCACCCAGCUGCUGGACAACCUGGCAACACUGCGGCAGGAGUACACCGCCCUGCUGUACGGGGGCCGCAUUCCGCCUGUCAAUCCCAACGUGACCUUUGAGGCCGUGGCCCCGGCCAGCACCUUCGCCAACGAGGAGUUCGCCAACCUCUUCUUCAAGACGCGCAGCUGCCUGCGCGAGGUAGCAUCCAACUGCUUCCCGCCGGGUCACGAGUUUUACGACAUAACCCACAACGGCCUCGACGCCAUGAUUAUGCGCUGGAUGGAUGACUACACCGCGUUUGCCCACCUGCCUGAUGAGCUGGCGUUUGCCAACCACACCCUGUACAAGUUCAUCAACAGUGUCGGGGGCGGAGACAUGGUGGAAGCCUGA